AUGACACGGUUUGCUGUGGAUCUCUACCGAGUUCUUUGCUUAUCCCAGAGAAGUGAGAACAUUCUCUACUCCCCACUCGGAGCUGCAUCCACUCUGGGAAUGGUACAUCUGGGGGCCAAGGGGAAAGCGCAAAAUGAGAUAAGUCGGCUUUUGGACCUGAAAAACGAUGCCCGUGAAGGCUUCGCUCCACUCCAGACACUUUUCUCCAUCACCUCCAAAAGAAAAGAAUUUACAUUUAAUCUUGCCAAUGCCCUUUACCUUCAAGAAGGAUUCAUGGUGAAAGAACAGUAUCUCCAUAGCAACAAGGAAUUCUUUCAGACAGCUGUAAAGCUGGUGAAUUUCCAAGAUACUAAAGCUUCCGCAGAGGCCAUAAGUACUUGGGUAGAAAACAAAACAGAUGGUCAGAUAAAGAAUUUCAUUUCAAGCGACGACCUUGGUCCCCUCACUCGACUUGUUCUGGCAAAUGCCAUUUACUUCAAGGGGAACUGGAAACAAGAGUUCAAAGCAGAGAGCACCAUUCUGAUGGAUUUCACUAAGAGUGAUGGCUCAGUCAUCAAUAUACCCAUGAUGCAUCUUCAGCUCAAAACAAGGCUUGGCCAUUUUUCUGACCGUAAUGUGAGCUACCAGGUUUUGGAGCUGCCCUACGAAGGGGAGGAAUUCAGUUUAGUUCUAAUCCUUCCUGCGGAAGACGUGCCUAUCGGGGAGGUAGAAAACCUCAUUACCGUGGAGCUGAUAAAAGACUGGUUUGCCAGGAUGGAAGAGGAUGAUGAAGUAGAAAUCAGCCUUCCUAGGUUUAAAAUAGAGCAAAAACUGGAUUUGAAAGAAACUCUCCAGGCUCUUGAUGUCAUCGAGAUAUUUAAUAAUGGAUGUGACCUUUCCGGAUUAACAGAUUCUGCUGAUGUACACAUUUCUCAGGCUAUUCAAAAAGUCUGCAUUGAGGUAAAUGAAAACGGGAGUGAAGCAGCGGCAUCGACUGUGGAACUGGCCCGUAACCUGCUCUCCCCCAUGAAGCUGGCCGAUGCCUCAUUCGAAGACAUCAUCAAGAAGCUACACGACACUGGCGGGGACUCGGGCUCCCCUCCUCUUUCUGAUAUGAGCAUCACGCCAAGCCCUCUCAUGAUAUGGAACUUCCCCAGUCAGUUGGAUGGCCAGUUUGACCCCCACAUGGAUGCCACCAGAAAUGGCACCCUGGGCAGCGCCGCUCACUCUCCCUGCUGCCAGUACUUCCAUUUGCACAAGGCUCAUUGA